AUGGCCGGUGAUCGCGCAGUCACUCGUGAUAUCCCAAUGAGUCACGCAUCUCCCCCGACAAGCGGAAAAAAAUCUCAGAAACGAAAGAGAGAUCUCGAUGGCUCCACCGGCACUUCAUCCACCCCGACGAAGAAAUCGAAGAAGGAUCGAAACGAUCGAAAUGAAAAGGCUACUCCCGUCUCGCCGAGAGAAAAAAGAAAGAAAGAAAAGCGGUCCGACUCGACCUCUGUCGAUAAGGCUUCGAAAGAAUCCAGUAAAAAGAAACGUGCUGUUUCGCCUAGCAGCGACAAAACGAAGCCACCCGGUGAACGUGACAGGUCUAAAUCUAAGAAGAAAUCGAGAUCAGAAAAGCAAAGGUCUCCAGGGAGCGAUAGUGACGCGGAUGAGGAGCUUGAAAAUCCAAUAGACAAAGUUAAGAAGCAGGACAACUCCAAAGAGACAGCCAAGGACUCUGGGAAGACGAAGAAGUCUAAGAAAUCGGAACCUGGGAGUACCGCAGAGGGGGAGGAUAUUUCAAAACCGGCAAAGAACAAGUUCGCAGGUAUCUUGUCAAAAUUUGAAAGGUCUGCGAAAGUAAAGGAAGCCGCGGCGGAGAAGGGAUAUGGUGAGGAUGAGACGACGGAAAAGAAUGCGAAUACUCCCGAACCGGUCAUAGCGCAGGGAUUAGAGCCUAUACCCCAACCCGAACCGGCUCUCGAAGAAGCUGAGAAGCCAACGUAUUCUUCCCUCCCAGCCUGGCUGGCUAAUCCAUUGAAGACCUCAGCCGAGACGAGGGCCAAGUUCUCAGAGCUAGGGAUUGAGCCGAAGCUCCUCGGGGUCCUUGAAGAUAAUGGCUAUAAAGAGGCUUUCGCUGUCCAGUCCGCCGUUAUUCCACUUCUUUUGAAGGACCCCAAGAGUCAUUCGGGGGACCUCUGUGUUUCGGCAGCUACUGGUUCGGGAAAGACGCUAUCAUACGUUCUUCCCCUCGUCACCGAACUUGAACAAAUCCCUGCCCCGAGGCUGAGAGGACUUAUAGUUGUGCCAACUCGAGAGUUGGUCAAACAAGCUAGGGAGACUUGCGAAUUUUGCACGGCAGGGACUGGUCUGCGUGUCGGAUCAGCUGUGGGAAAUGUUGCAAUCAAGGACGAACAACGAUCGUUGAUGCGCGUUGAUCAGUUAUAUAGCCCUGAGAGUAUCGAGUCACGGCAAAAGUCGUUGCUAACAGAAGAUGACUGGACCGAAUUUAGUCUACAAGACUACAUAUCCAGCACAACUGAUCUCGGUGAGACGUUACCGGGAUAUGUCCAUAAGGCGGAGCCUAAUGUUGACAUCCUCAUUUGUACCCCUGGUCGUCUGGUGGACCAUAUCCGUUAUACGAAGGACUUCACAUUGAAACACCUCCAAUGGCUCGUCAUCGACGAGGCAGAUAGACUGCUCAACGAAAGCUUCCAGGAGUGGGUUGAUGUUGUUAUGCAUUCACUUGAUGCGCGCAAGGGCUCCGGUGCCUUUGGCUCAAGCGGGCAGUUCCUGUCGUCCCUCGGGCUUCCUCUACAGACGAAGGAGCCUAGGAAAGUGAUUCUCAGUGCUACCAUGACGCGGGAUAUUUCGAAGUUGAACUCUCUUCGCCUUACGAAUCCGCAGUUGGUGGUUGUUGGUGCUUCUGAUCAAGCCCCAACAGGAGACAUCGAAAGCGGAGUUAUUGCUCAUUCAGACGACAAAUUUAGCCUCCCGACAACACUCAAGGAAUAUUCCGUCGCAGUUGGCGAUGGAGCACAGAAGCCACUAUAUCUUCUUCGCCUUCUCCUGUCAGAAAUUAAACUUGGUGUCUCCUCAUCCACAAAACCAACAAAACCAGCGGUGUCUGAUUCCGACGAAACCAGCUCAGAAGGAACCAGCUCAGACGAGACAAGUUCAGAUGAUUCCAGUUCUAAAGACUCCGAGUCGGACUCGGAUGACUCGGACUCUGACAGCGCGGAUGACAGCUCUUCCAGCGACGAAUCCGAUUCAUCUGACAGCAGCUCCGACUCUGAAUCAGACUCUGAAGCUGAAAAGACCACUAAAGCAUCGUCAAACAACCCAUCUGAGCGAAGCACAGUUCUGGUCUUCACCAAAUCAUCCGAAUCCGCAUCUCGUCUCUCCCGUCUUCUAGCCCUCCUCGACCCAUCAUUAUCCGGCCUUAUUGGGACAAUCAUCAAAUCCAAUAAAUCCUCUGCUUCCCGCAAGACACUCAGCGCGUACCGCCAGGGCAAGCUGUCUAUCAUAAUUGCUACGGAUCGUGCCUCCCGUGGUUUAGAUCUCCAGUCACUGACGCACGUCAUCAACUACGACGUCCCAGCCAGUAUAACAACGUACGUGCACCGUGUCGGCCGUACGGCAAGAGCAGGCAGGGAAGGAUCAGCAUGGACUCUGGUUGCCCAUAGAGAGGGAAGGUGGUUCACGAACGAGAUUUCCAAGGGCGCUAAUGGUAAGAUAACUCGAGCAGCGAAGGUUGAACGAGUUGCAAUCAAGCUGGAUAACAUGAAGGAGCUCAAAUCGAGGUAUGCGUCAGCAUUGGAAAUUCUUGAGACGGAAGUGAAAUAUGUUGGGACGAGAAAAAUUGCGCGGUGA